GCGCCGGUCGUGGCGUGAACGCGCAACUCCGGGAGACGCAGUCGGUUUAUUUCUCUCAACGAGAACGCGCGAAGUGAACGGAGGCCAGGGCCAAGAUGCGACGGUGCUAGCGUCGAAAUCUAGCUCCCAUCACACACGCCCCCAUCCCCCCCUAAAAAAAAAGAAAAGAAAUAAAAGCACCAUGCGGAUGAUUUAAGGAGGCUCGGAGCGCUGAGAUCUGUGCAGUAGAUAUUGUUUUGCAGCUUGAGCUUUGCUGCGCAGGUGCGCCGUUACGCUGCGGCAGGAUGGAGUUCAAGCAGCUGGUGGACGCGGCGGAAAAAUGGUGCUCAGGAAACCCGUUCGAGCUGAUCUUCGCCGAGGAGGUGGACGAGCGCCGGAUGGACUUCUACGCCGAGCCUGGCAUUUCGUUUUACGUGCUCUGCCCCGACAACAUGACAGGAGGUACCGACACUUUUCAUGUGUGGAGUGAGAGUGAGGACUGCCUGCCAUUCCUGCAGCUGGCACAGGACUACAUCUCCUCCUGCGGACACAAAACCCUGCUGGAGGUCCUUGACAAAGUCUUCAGAUCCUUCAGACCUCUCCUGGGUCUUCCAGACAUUGAUGACGAUACGUACGAGCAGUACCAUGGAGACGUGGAGGAGGAAGCAGAGACGGACCAUCAGCAGAUGGGUGUUAGCCAAUAAUAUGCUUAUUGAGGUGGAUCGACCUUCCACGGGCCAGAGUGUUGCUUCAUUCCCUCUCUUUUUUUCCUUCUUCCAAGCCAUCUUCACAUUUCUACUGGUUUAUGAUAUGCACUAUCCCUCUGUCUUACACACUUGCACACAUGCACCACGGCUUGUUAUAAUGCACGAUUCCACCCUUUACCAUGUUGGAAAAAAAAAAAAAAAAACAUUCUCGGUAGACCUCCCGUGUCCUUCUUGUUUUAUUUAGCAAGCCCCUGCUGAAAAAAAAAUAUGGAAACCAUUUCAGGUUUCUGUUGGUUCCUGUGUAGUGGUAUUUUGUAUAAUGGGUUGGUAUCACAGUUUAAUGGGUCCUAAUGGUUUAACAGGUAAUGCGUGACUGAUUUUAGACGUGCUUAAUGGUUUUCUAAUGGGAUUCAAGAGUCUAAUGGUCUCUGAUGGUAGCAUUAUUGUAAUAAGCUGUGGUUCAGUUGCUUAAUGGACCUAGUAGAUUUGUUAUAUAAUCCUGCAUUUCAGGCUGUGUGUAAGAAAACAGGAUAACAUUUAUAUGUAGUGUUUAAGCUUAUCUAGUUCAAUCUGAAAAAUAUUUCAUUCAGUUAGUAUAAAUAUUAGAGAUGGCACGAUACCACUUUUUCUUUUCCAAUACCGAUACUUACACCGAAACCUUGAGUAUCAGAUGAUAUCGAUACCCAUCUGGUAUUUUUUUCUUUAAAAACUACUAUGGUUUAAUUUUUUUUAACUGAAACACUUCACUUUAAAAAAUACUUUAAAACUUGUAAAAAUAUAGGAAAAACUUUUUUCCUCUUUUGGCUGCUCCCAUAUUCGGGGUCACCACAGCGGAUCACCCAUCCGCAUAUUUUGAUUCCAGCACAAGUUUUAUGCCAGAUGUCCUUCCUGACACAGCCCUCCCCAUUUCCAGGCUUGGGACCAGCAGUGAGAGUACACUGGCUCGUGCAACCCUCCAGUGGCUGGGGUUGGUUCCCUGACCAGGAAUCAAACCCAGACUGCAGUGAUGAGAGCACCACAUGCUAGCCACUAGUCCACCAGGGAACCUUAAAAAUUUAGGAAAAACACGUAGCUAAAACAGGACUUACACAAAACCACAGCUCAGCUAGACUUUUUCCCCACAAAAAUCACAUACAUUGCAAAUAGAAUUGAUGUUCUUUUAAUGUAAUAACUAAAUAUAAUAAAGUAUAAAGCAUAAAUAUAAUGAAAUCAAUCCUAACAAAAAAGUCUUUAUUUGUAAACAUUUCCACUUUCAAAAAAAUCUUUGACAAAUCCAAUUCCAGGAUCAGAUCGAUUUUUUUUUUUGUUUUUUUCCAAUAUCUGAUCCACCAGAUCAGAUCAGUGCAUUCUCUGAUAAAUAUACCCUGUAUAUAUACUGGAUCUGAAGCUGAAUCAAUAUCUAAUACACACUUGGGAACCAUCAAAACCAUUAGAGCUUGUGAAAUUGUUUAAUGGAAACCACCAGGUUAAUCCCAUUAGGAAGUAAACAAAUAUUUAUGUUUUUUUGAGCAAGAUGGAUUAUGAACCAUACUGCUAUUACCAUUAAACACAAAUUCAUUCAUAGAGUUCUCCUGAAUACGAGACAUAGCUAAAAUAGCUUAAUAUUUCCCCAAAAUUGUGGGAAUAGUUAAACAGGUACUUUAAAUUUAGGCUCUCAUCUUCACGAUGAUGAAUAGAGCUUGUCUUUCUGAAUGUAUGUACUUAGAAAGUCAUGAUUGAUUUUCUGGUGAAUAGGUGAAGAGGUGUUGUAAUGUUGUAACAUGUGAGACCAAUCAGUGAUUUCAAAUGUCAGAGGUGAUUUAUCACACGCUUUGGAAUACUCAUCAUCGGCUUUGUCUUUACAUCUCAAUAUCCUUGAUCAUAUGGCCUUGGAUUGAAUAGGAAUAGUGAUCAGUAAAGCUCUCAGCCUGCGAUACUUAAUGCAUAAUAGCCCUAGAUCAGAGAUAGCGUGAUUGCAUUUUCAGCUUUCUGUAAAGACAAGCCUGCGUUUACACUUAUGCAUCGUGGUUACUUUUCUUUUUGGUUUUCAAUAGUCUUUGAUUGUAUUAAACUAUAGCCUACUUCAGGCAUGUUUUCACACAAAUCAUGGCUAAUUAUAGACUUCCUCCAUGAUGUUUUCCUCCCAGAAUACGCAAAAGUAGAAGCCUGAGUUGAGCUUUAAUGUAUGAAGUACAGUAAGUGUGAACAUGUUGAUCUGAAGCAGCUUCCUCUUUUUUCAUCCUCUGGUGCUGACUGAGGAAAAUAUGAUCCUCAACCAGCACUCAGUCUUCAUGAUUAAAGGCACUGAACUGACUGAAGUCUGACACACCCCACAGCAAAUUCUUUCCGGACCGCUUGACCAAUGUAAACAGGUUAGCAGGACCAGCAGGCACGUCACAUGUUGUUCCAGGAUAUGAAGAAAGCUGAUAUGAUCCUGCUGACUUCAUAUGUUUAGUGCCCACCUAAUGCUGCCAUCAAACCCCUGUAUCUCCCACACACUCACUGCUUCCAUGCUGUCUUCCUCAGCAUUAAGUCAUCCACAUGUACUGAAGUCUGGUGUAAGAUCAAUCAAAGCUACUCUUCUAUGCUCAUAUUUAUUUGAUCGUCCAGCUUUAGCACUCUGCAAGCUUUUGUAUAUUUUUCCCACCAGUGCAAACCUCUGGGUAUUUACCCCAUUAAAACAACUAUCACCAUUUUAAUGACUUUGAGUUUUAACUAAAGUAUGCUUAAAGACGUAAUUUUAUAAUUUGUCUUGUUUUAUCUCAUGCUUUGUUAUCUGAUUUGUUUCGUCCUCAAGUUUGUGUAUGUUCCUAAAUUAAACCAUGUGGAGGUGACGUUC